AUGUUGUUCAAAUAUGCCAUAGCGGCACUUGUCGCAAUCAUCGCCUGUGUGACUGGAGUUCCGGUUGAGAAGCGCCAUGAGCUAAACGAGACUGUAACCUACCUCGGUUCACAGUCAAGUAUCCUUUCUGGAGGUGCUGCGGCCAAGGGCCUCGUCUACACAGCAGGAACGGUGCCCAAUGCCACCGCCAUUGGUACUGGCAUUGCCAAUGAAACUCGCUCAGUAAUCAACAAGCUUGCAGUGAUCUUGGAGGAAGCCGGCACCUCUUGGGACUACGUACUCAAGACUACCGUAUACUUGGCGAACAUGUCUGACUAUUCUGCAAUGAACGAGGUUUACGGCGAGAUGUUGCCCAACCCCAAGCCCGCCAGAACAGCUAUACAAGUCGGCAGAUUGCCUGGAAACUUCUCCAUCGAGAUUGAAGCCAUAGCUGCUAUUCCGUGGCAUUAG